AUGACGACCUGCGACGCCGAGGACCCCUCCUACAUCGACUACGAGGCCUUCCUCGACCCGGAUUUCAGCCCCUCCUCCUUCGCAAACACCCUCGUCCUCGCCACCAACAACCCCAACGAUGCGCCCCUCGACUUGUCCACCCCGCUGUCCCGCGUGCUCUUCGACACACAGGAGAUCGACUCCCACAUCGACCUGUUGACCACCAAGUCCGCCGCCCCGUUGCUGCAGCACACUGCCGAGCAGACUGCCGCGAGCAAGCGCAUCGUCUCCGAGCUCGACGCCCAGAUCAAGAGCCUGAACGACAGCUACAAACAGCUCGAGAGGGAGGUCAUUGACAAGCAUGCCGAGGCAGACGAGGUGCGCCACGUCGCCACCCGUCUGUGGGAGACCUUAAAGCUGGGCCGCUCCGUCGCUCGCUGUCUGCAGCUGGGCCGCCAGCUCGAGGUCCAGCACGCCGAGAUCGCCGGCUCGAGCGUCAGCGCCGCCGCCGCAGCAGCCGGCAAGAAAGAGGACCAUCGCGCUUUGGUGAGAUGCUCGCACACCAUCCUAUCGCUGCGCGAGGUCCUCGAGAGCACGGCUCCCGGCGAAGAGGGCCACGGCCUAGCCCGUGUCGACGCCGUUCGCACCCUGCGCGAUUCCGUCGUCGCCCCGAUCGAGCGGUCCGUGAGGGAGACGGCCGAGAAGAUUGUACGGGACUUUGCCGUGCCGGACUCGGCCACCUUUGCGCAGGGCGAGGAGACCAAGGCCCGCACCGUGUCGGCCAUGGUGACGUUGUUCUUGUUGUCCCCGGCCCCGGCUACGGCUACAGCCCAGAAGACGGACCGUUGGGCGCCGCAGCUGCUCCUUCAGGCUCUCGAGACGUACCUGCGGUCGGCGCUGCAGUCGUCCAUCGCCUCACUGUCGCGGUCUCUCAGCCAGCUGCCGACGCUCGACCGCACCCUCGCCGACAUCUCGGCACGGUGCCAGAACGUCGUCGCGCUGGAGCUGGUGCUCGAGUCGACCAAGCUGCCGACGCACCCGCUUGUCGCGGCCGCGUCCCAGCGACAGACCAACAUGCUGCAGCCGCUGCUGGCCCACCUCGAGACAGGCAGCCUGCCGAGCUACUUCUGGCGCACCAUGGCGGGGAACCUGGGUACGCGAGUGCAGGAGAUUGUCAACCGCGGCGGCGUGUCGGCGCGCACGCUGCGGUCCAACAAGGCGAGCGUCGGCGACGCCGUGAGGGACUGCGUCGUCAGGGGGUGCCGCAUGCCGAGCGCGCUCAAGGGGAAAGGCCGCGGCGAGGGAAACUGGGAGAGGGAGGUGGCCGUCAUGGUCGGGAGUGUCGUGAACAACUUUGGAAGAUGA